AUGAAGUGUAAAGAUAAAACGAUGCGUUGGCCCAUAUUGAUCUUCAUAACGGCUGCUACGUUGGCACUGGUAGCAGUAUACGUCGGCGUUUAUUACGAUUUAAAUACUUUGCCGAAAAAUUUUACUUGGAUCACAUCUUUUUGUAGCAGUAGUAAAAAAUCAGCAGAUGAAGCUAUCGUCACCGAUAAAAAAACGCAAUUUGAAAAAGAUAAAGUUGCUAAAACUGUGAAGAUAGAGAAAAAAAUAGAGAAGACUAAUGAAAAACCUGUUGAGGUAAAGAAAAGUGAACCAGUAAAACAAGAAGUUAACAAAAAGGUGGAAAGAAGCGCUGAUGCGACAGCUCCUUCUAAAGUGGUGAAGAAUAAAAUACCAGCACCGAAAAAAGAAGAAAAAAAACCGGAAGUUCCGAAACCAAGUCCUACAGUUACUGAUAAUGUAGUGAAACCUGUCGUCUCAGAUAAAAUUGAAUCUAAACCGACGGUUACUGAUAAUGUAGUGAAGCCUGUUAUCUCAGAUAAUGUUCAGCCGAAACCAAGUGUUGAUAGUCCGCCUAAAUUUGACAAUGUAGUGAAGACUGGCUGUCCCAUGAACAAAGAUAAAAACGUAAAUCAUAAUGUUAAUGUUGACAGUAAAUUUGAUAACAAAAUUAACAACAAUGUUAAUACUAACAAUAAUAACAACGUUAUUAACAAGGUACAAAAUAAUAAUUUUGAU